AUGCAAAAGAAAGAUCUUGCAGCUCAAUAGUAGAUACCUGAAUAGCCUAAGGUUGAUCCAAGAAGACUGCUUGUUGGAGGUAACUGGAAAUCAAAUGGCAAUGUGACUUUCGUUAGAGAGAUGAUCAAUGAAGUCCUUAAUAGGAUGAAGUUUGACGAAAAGAAAGUUGAUGUUGUAGUUGCUCCAAUCGUAAUCCAUAUACCAUCUGCAAAGGCGAUGCUUAACACCAAUAUUAUGGUAUGCGCAUAGAAUAUUAAUAUGAUGGGAAAUGGAGCAUACACUGGGGAAGUCAGUGCAGAAUAGAUCAAGGAUUUCGGAUUGCAGUGGGUCAUCAUAGGCCAUAGUGAGAGAAGAAAGCUUUUUAGUGAGAAUAAUGAGAUCGUAGCAAAAAAGGUAGAAAGAGCUUAAGAUCAAGGAUUGAACUCUAUAGUUUGUAUUGGAGAGACUUAUGAAGAGAGAGAGGAAGGAUUAACUAAGGAUAUUUUAAAAGCCUAGUUAGAUGCAAUAAAAUAAAGUAUAAGAGAUUGGUCGAAGAUAGUUAUAGCCUACGAGCCUGUUUGGGCUAUAGGCACUGGCAAAACUGCAUCCUCAGAUAUGGCAGCAGAGGUUCAUGAUUACAUUAGGAAAUGGGUAGCACAAAACUGUUCUGAAUUGAUUUCUUAGCAAACAAGAAUUAUUUAUGGAGGAUCAGUUACAGAAAAGAAUGCUGAAUCUCUUAUAACUCAAAAAGACAUUGACGGUUUCUUAGUUGGAGGAGCUUCAUUGAAGUAAACCUUUGCUGAGAUAGUAGAUAUUGUCAACAAAUCUUGA